AUGGGACUCUCCUCCACCUCUCUCAAAGGACCCAGCCCACUGUUCAAUCAGCGCCUGAAAUCCUGCGUACCCCCGCACCGCAGCCCGACCCCGUCCCCUCUGCCCAUGGAAAAGGACCCUGAACCCGUCCCAGAGCCCUGUGAAUCGGUCGUCCCAGAAGUCAAAGUAGAAAACCAGAAGCGCUUCCUCAACUCGAGUCUGAAGAGGCCGAGGAAAAGGCCCGACGCCCCUGAAGGUCGAACUGCGGUGAAGGAGAGAAGGAGCAGGUGGUGGUCAAACCAGACCAGAGCCAGUCGCACCUCAGCGCCGAGACCCCCCGCAGCGCCUCCAGCCCCAGAGGAGGCAGACCUCACCAGGGAAGACAAAGAGGACAAAGAGGACAAGCCUGGACUCGGAAACAUUCAGCCAAAACCAUGA